AUGGAGCCGGGGCUGCUGCGGCCCGCGCCGGUGAGCGAGCUCAUCGUCCUGCACUACAACUACACCGGCAAGCUCCGGGGCGCGCGCUACCAGCCGGGCGCGGGGCUGCGCGCCGACGCCGCCGUGUGCCUGGCCGUGUGCGCGCUCAUCGUGCUGGAGAACCUGGCGGUGCUCUUCGUGCUCGGGCGCCACCCGCGCUUCCACGCGCCCAUGUUCCUGCUCCUGGGCAGCCUCACGUUGUCUGACCUGCUGUCGGGCGCUGCCUAUGCCGCCAACAUCCUGCUGUCCGGGCCGCUCACGCUGCGCCUGUCGCCCGCGCUCUGGUUCGCCAGGGAGGGCGGCGUCUUCGUGGCGCUGGCCGCCUCGGUGCUCAGCCUCCUGGCCAUCGCGCUGGAGCGCAGCCUCACCAUGGCGCGCCGGGGGCCCGCGCCCGCGGCCCGGAGGGGGCGCACGCUGGCGCUGGCGGCCGCCGCCUGGGGCCUGUCGCUGAUCCUCGGGCUGCUGCCGGCGAUGGGCUGGAACUGCCUGGGCCGCCUGGACGCCUGCUCCACCGUCCUGCCGCUCUACGCCAAAGCCUACGUGCUCUUCUGCGUGCUCGCCUUCCUGGGCAUCCUGGCUGCCAUCUGUGCGCUCUACGCACGCAUCUACUGCCAGGUGCGCGCCAACGCGCAGCGCCUGCGAGCUGCCGGCGGCUCCUCCAGGCGGGCGCGCCGCGCGCCGCGCACCCUGGCGCUGCUGCGCACACUCAGCAUCGUGCUCCUGGCCUUCGUGGCGUGCUGGGGCCCCCUCUUCCUGCUGCUCCUGCUGGACGUGGCGUGCCCGGCGCGCGCCUGCCCCGUGCUCCUGCAGGCCGACCCCUUCCUGGGCCUGGCCAUGGCCAACUCCCUUCUGAACCCCAUCAUCUACACGCUCACCAACCGCGACCUGCGCCACGGGCUCCUGCGCCUCGUCUGCUGCGGCCGGCGCCCCCGGGGCCGGAGCUCGGGAGCCUCCCAGCGCUCCGCGAGCGCCGCUGGGGCUUCAGACGGCCUGCACCACUGGCUGCCCCCCAGCCUGGACGGCAGCUCCAGCCGCUCGGAGCGCUCGUUGCCCCAGCGGGACGGGCUGGACAUAAGCCUCUCCACCGGCGCACUCACAGCCCCGGGGACCCUGGUACCUGCACCAGCCGCAGAAUGA